AUGAAUUCGAUCGGCGCAACAUUCACACCGGAUGCCUCGGGCCAGUCACCCAAGCAGGUCUCGACGAUUCCACAGCUCAAGCUGAACGAUGGCCACACCAUCCCCAUGUUGGGAUACGGACUAGGCACGGCCAACUUUAAAGCCGCGAGCGCCAAGGGCAAGUUUGACCAAAAGGUGGUUGACUCAACAAAGGAGGCCAUUGCCAAGGGUUUCCGCCACCUAGACGGAGCCGAGGUCUACGGAAACGAGGAGGAGCUGGGCGCCGCCAUCAAGGAGUCCAACGUGCCGCGGGAGGAGCUCUACAUCACGACCAAGUUCCCCGCCACCGGCGCCACCUCGCCGCGCGAGCACUUUGACGCCUCGCUGCGCCGCCUGGGCGUCGACUACGUGGACCUGUACCUGCUGCACGGCCCGUGGUUCGCGCAGGGCUCGGCCGCGGCGCUGCAGCGCGCCUGGGCCGACAUGGAAGCCAUCCGGGCCUCGGGCCGCGCGCGCUCCAUCGGCGUCUCCAACUUUUUGCAGGAGCACCUCGAGCCGAUCCUGGAGACGGCCACGGUCGUGCCGGCCAUCAACCAGAUCGAGUUCCACCCGUACCUGCAGCACGGGGACCUGCUCGCCUUCCACCGCGACAAGGGCAUCGCGGUCGCCGCGUACAGCCCGCUGGCGCCGCUGACGCGCGCGCGCGGCGGCCCGGUGGACGCGACGUGGGCGCAGCUGGCGGAGAAGUACGGCGUGGGCGAGGCGGAAGUUGGCUUGAGGUGGUGCGUGGACCAGGGCAUCGUGACGCUGACGACGACGGGCAACGCGGAGCGCAUGGGCAGGGUGGUGCGGCUGGUGCCCAAGUUCAAGUUGACGCCCAAGGAGGUGGAGGACGUGGCGGCGCUGGGCAGGGAAAAGCACUUUCGCGCGUUCUGGCGUGAGAAGUUUGACGCGGAGGACAGGAGUUGA